AUGUCGGUUGCUAUUACCUAUCCCCUGCUCUUUGCUUUUCACCACAAUCCAUCCACCCCUUGCAUCCAUCGUCCAUCGUCCAUCGUAUCUCGCCUUUGCUGCUCUCAACCCAGCUCCAUCUACGUCAUGCCGUUGACCCCCGUCGCCACGGCGGCCCUGCGUCGAUCCGCCCCCUCUGCUGCAUCAAUGACCAGCCCAAGCGGUCCUGCAGCCCUCGUCGCCGCUGCUGCCGCCGCUGCUGCCGCACCCCUCCCCCUCCCCGUGCCCCCCGUGCCCGGUCGGCUGACGCUUCGCCAACCCCGGCCCUUCUCCGCGUGGUCAACCCCGCGCCCUCGUCACCGCUACCGAGCCAAUGCCCACGCCGCCUUUUCCACAUCUACCUCACGCCACGCCAAGAACCAAGUCUUUUCCCCAAUCCGCAACAAUGACACAUUCCAAACCCAUCUCGCCCUCUCUUCGUCCUCGCGCACGCCCCUCCUGACCCUCUGGACCGCGUCUUGGUGCCCAACCUGCCGUAACGUCGAGCCCCUCAUCCGCUCCCUCGUCGAGUCUGGCGUUGGCGAGCCCCAGGGCGGCGUCGCCUUUGCGCCAGUCGAGUUUGACAGUCCCGACAUCAUGUCUGCCGGCGCCGAGGGCCUCGCCAUGACCUACAUGAUUACAUCUAUACCCACUCUGCUCAGCUUCGACGCCGGUGAGGCUCAGACUACCACCAAGAUGACUGAUGCCAGACGUCUGGCUGAUAAAGACCUCCUGACCCAAUGGAUUCAAAAUGAAGCCCGACGUCAUGGCGGCCGUGGCGGCGGCGGCUCCUCCGGUCUCUCUUUCGGAGGCUUAUUCCGCCCCUCCACGUAG